UGGCGCGUGUUCAGUCAAUUCAAACCAAGCGACAAGAAAACAACUACCUGAAAAGUGAACAAGAGUGCACGGCAACUUUAUAUCUUCAAGUUAAGUUGUAAAAGUGUCCAUAAGUGAAUUUUUAUCGCAAAAGAAAAUAAACAGUGACAAAAUGGUGAAAUCUCCAGCCAUCGGUAUCGACCUGGGAACAACCUACUCCUGUGUAGGAGUGUGGCAACACGGAAAAGUCGAGAUCAUCGCCAACGAUCAAGGUAACAGAACGACGCCAAGUUAUGUUGCCUUCACCGACACCGAGCGUCUCCUCGGAGACGCCGCCAAGAACCAAGUUGCGAUGAAUCCCAGCAAUACGAUAUUCGACGCCAAACGACUAAUCGGCCGAAAAUAUGACGACCAGAAAAUUCAACAAGAUCUGAAACACUGGCCUUUCAAAGUAAUUAACGACUGUGGGAAGCCGAAAAUGCAAGUCGAAUACAAAGGCGAAAUUAAAAAGUUCUCACCCGAAGAAAUCAGCUCGAUGGUUUUGACGAAAAUGAAGGAAACCGCUGAAGCGUAUUUAGGAACAACAGUGAGGGAUGCCGUCAUUACUGUCCCUGCAUAUUUCAACGAUUCGCAAAGACAGGCCACCAAAGACGCCGGAGUUAUCGCCGGUUUGAACGUAAUGAGAAUUAUUAACGAACCCACAGCGGCAGCUUUGGCGUACGGAUUGGAUAAGAAUUUGAAGGGUGAGAGGAACGUUUUAAUUUUUGAUUUGGGCGGUGGUACAUUCGACGUAUCUAUUCUAACCAUCGACGAAGGGUCGUUGUUUGAAGUGAGAGCCACUGCAGGUGAUACCCAUCUAGGUGGUGAAGACUUCGACAACAGAUUAGUAAGUCACUUGGCCGACGAAUUCAAACGCAAAUUCAAGAAGGAUUUGAGAAGCAAUCCAAGAGCCCUCCGGCGUUUACGAACCGCCGCUGAAAGAGCGAAACGAACGUUGUCUUCGAGUACUGAAGCCAGCAUCGAGAUCGACGCCCUUUUCGACGGAAUCGAUUUCUACACGAAACUUAGCAGAGCGAGAUUCGAAGAACUGAACGCAGACUUGUUCAGAGGAACUCUGGAACCCGUCGAGAAAGCCCUCAACGACGCAAAAAUGGACAAAGGAAUGAUCCACGACAUCGUCUUAGUCGGUGGAUCGACACGCAUUCCCAAAAUCCAGCAACUACUCCAGAACUACUUCAACGGAAAACCGUUGAAUCUUUCCAUCAACCCGGAUGAAGCUGUGGCUUAUGGUGCCGCCGUUCAAGCAGCCGUUUUGAAUGGAGAAUCCGAUUCCAAGAUUCAAGACGUGUUACUGGUCGACGUCACUCCUUUGUCUCUGGGUAUCGAAACAGCUGGAGGAGUCAUGACGAAAAUCAUCGAACGCAAUGCAAGAAUUCCCUGCAAACAGACGCAAACAUUCACCACCUACGCUGAUAACCAACCAGCCGUUACGAUUCAAGUCUUCGAGGGUGAAAGAGCCAUGACGAGGGACAAUAAUAUGUUGGGAACCUUCGAUUUGACGGGAAUUCCUCCAGCACCGCGUGGUGUUCCUAAAAUCGAACUGACUUUCGACCUGGACGCUAACGGCAUUCUUAACGUUUCUGCCAAAGACACGAGUUCCGGAAAUUCUCGCAACAUCACCAUCAAGAAUGACAAAGGUAGAUUGUCGCAGAAAGACAUCGACAGAAUGGUUGCAGAAGCAGAACAAUACAAAGACGAGGAUGAGAAACAAAGGCAGAGGAUAGCUAGUAGAAAUCAACUGGAAGGUUACAUCUUCCAACUGAAGCAAGCUGUAUCCGACUGCGGUGACAAGUUGUCAACUUCAGAUAAAGAAACUGUGACACGCGAAUGCGACAGUUGUUUGCAAUGGUUGGAUACCAACACAUUGGCGGAGAAAGAAGAGUAUAAAGACAGACAGAAACAACUGACUUCUGUUUGUAGUCCUAUUAUGGCAAAACUCUACCAAGGAGCUGCCCAGGGUGGUCCCAUGCCGGGUAACUGUGGUCAGCAAGCUGGUGGAUUUGGUGGACAGAGGCAAGGUGGACCCACAGUUGAAGAAGUUGAUUAAAUUAAGACAGUUUGUCGUAGUUUUUUAGUUUAGUUGUUUUUUUCUAUAAGUAUGCUGUUGUUAAAGAAAUUCUUUUUUUUAGUCAGUAGUGGCUGUACAAGAUGUGAUAUUUUUUUAAUAAUAUAUUAUUUUUUAUA